AAAGCAUUCAGUAUUGAAAUACAAACAAGCGAGAAAGCGAGAAGAAGUGAACCGGAGAAAUCUCCAACAAACUUUCAAGGCAAUUAUCAAGAAAUAUAUUGUGAAGAAGUGCUAAAAUAUACAUCAAGACCAAAAUGCCAGCUGUAGGAAUUGAUCUUGGAACUACAUACUCCUGUGUCGGCGUUUGGCAACAUGGGAACGUGGAAAUCAUCGCAAACGACCAAGGCAACCGAACUACACCAUCAUACGUUGCAUUUACGGACACGGAGCGACUGAUCGGCGAUGCUGCGAAGAACCAGGUCGCUCUGAACCCCAGCAACACAGUGUUCGACGCAAAACGACUGAUCGGCCGCAAGUUUGAUGACCCGAAGAUUCAACAAGACAUGAAACACUGGCCCUUCAAAGUCAUUAGCGACUGUGGCAAACCUAAAAUCCAGGUAGAAUUCAAAGGAGAGGCAAAAAGAUUUGCACCGGAGGAAAUCAGCAGCAUGGUACUAACCAAAAUGAAGGAAACUGCUGAGGCAUACCUGGGUACGUCAGUGAGAGAUGCAGUCAUCACAGUGCCUGCCUACUUUAACGACUCACAGCGACAAGCGACGAAGGAUGCCGGAGCCAUCGCAGGGCUGAACGUGUUACGAAUCAUCAACGAGCCGACCGCUGCUGCCCUCGCCUACGGCCUUGACAAAAACCUCAAGGGAGAACGCAACGUUCUAAUUUUCGACUUGGGUGGUGGUACAUUUGAUGUCUCCAUUCUUACCAUCGACGAGGGCUCAUUGUUUGAAGUGAAGGCGACUGCUGGAGAUACCCAUCUUGGCGGGGAGGACUUCGACAACAGAUUAGUCAACCACCUAGUGGAAGAAUUCAAACGGAAGUACAAAAAAGACAUCAGCACCAAUCCACGAGCUCUCCGUCGACUGCGUACUGCUGCGGAGAGGGCAAAGCGAACUCUAUCUUCCAGCACUGAAGCCAGCAUCGAGAUCGAUGCUCUCUAUGAGGGUAUUGAUUACUACACACGAGUUUCACGUGCCCGCUUUGAAGAAUUGAACGCUGAUCUGUUCAGAGGAACAUUGGAACCCGUAGAGAAGGCUCUCAAGGAUGCCAAGCUGGACAAGAGCUCUAUUCAUGACGUUGUACUCGUGGGUGGAUCAACUCGUAUACCAAAGAUUCAGAGCAUGCUUACAAACUUCUUCUGCGGCAAGAAGUUGAAUCUAUCCAUCAAUCCAGACGAAGCUGUCGCAUACGGUGCCGCAGUACAAGCAGCCAUUCUCAGCGGCGAACAACACAGCAAGAUUCAAGAUGUACUUCUGGUGGACGUUGCGCCUCUGUCCCUCGGCAUAGAAACAGCGGGAGGAGUGAUGACGAAGAUCAUCGAGCGAAACGCCAAGAUCCCUUGCAAACAGUCACAGACGUUCACUACAUAUUCGGAUAACCAGCCCGCUGUGACCAUCCAAGUAUACGAGGGAGAACGUGCUAUGACGAAAGACAACAAUUUGCUGGGCCGCUUCGACUUGACCGGUAUUCCUCCUGCGCCUCGAGGCGUGCCGAAGAUCGACGUCACCUUCGACUUGGACGCCAACGGUAUCCUGAACGUGUCCGCUAAAGAAAACAGCACUGGCCGCAGCAAGAACAUAGUGAUAAAGAAUGACAAAGGCCGCCUGUCGCAGGCUGAGAUCGACCGCAUGGUAUCCGAAGCGGAGAAGUACAAGGAGGAGGACGAUCGCCAGAGAGAGCGGGUUUCUGCUCGAAAUCAGCUGGAGGGCUACGUGUUCAAUGUGAAGCAAGCUUUGGAUGAAGCGGGCGACAAGUUGAGCGAGCAAGACAAGGAGACAGCUCGCCGAGAAUGCGAGGAGGCGUUGCAGUGGAUAGACAACAACACACUCGCGGAGAAGGAAGAGUACGAACACAAACUUAAAGAGAUCCAGCGGGUGUGUACACCAGUGAUGAGCAAGAUGCAUGGCGCAGGAGCGGGCCCACAGAAUGGACCACAACCUCACCAGCAGUAUGGUCAACCCAGCUCUGGGCCAACAGUUGAAGAAGUAGAUUAAGAAGUAGCCUCACUAUCACACUAACUAGAAAGCCCUGUGAUCUCAUCUCAAGAUAUCAUCCACCAUUAAUUUUCAGUAGUUCAAAAAGAUGAUCACUAGUUGCUAAUCAAACAAAUUGUAAAUAACUUUUAGGUUAAGCUAUAAUUAAUUGUAAAUAAUGUAUUAAUGUGUAAGAGUAAUUUAUUUUA